UUAUUAAUAUGCUGCUCGUUUACCUCCCUAUAUCUGGCAGGCCUCGGAUCAAACUCAAUGACGGACAAAGUUUGCUUGGACCUCUUGCUUGGAUAUGUCGCAUCGCUUACUCUUCUGGGAUUUUUGUUUCUCUUCUUUCCUUUAUUCCAAGAACAUUCUUGGCUUGUGCAAGGUGUUUUCAACAUUGUCCCAUGUUUCUGAACAUGGUCAAGGAUACAAAAUAAAACGGCUACAACAUGACUACUACGACCUAAAGACGAAGCCCGGCAAGGAUUACAAGACGCAUGAAGAACGGCACCACUGUUCAUAGACAAAACAAUAACAACAUUGUGCGGCAACUCUGCUCUCAUCGACGGCCCAGCGUGAGCCCUCACUCUUUUCUUCGUCACGCGGAAAGUUUACAUCCUUCGAACAAUGCACGGGGAGAGAAUGGUUUUGCUCGGGAAUUCCAGCAAUUUAAAGACAUGUCUUCUAAAUUAAAGAAAGAUCCAGAAUACAGCACUCAUCACGGAGAACUGGAGUAUAAUCGAACUAAAAACCGAUACAAAGAUAUCGUGCCCUUUGACCAUAAUCGUAUCAUCCUUCCAUCUUUACCCGAUAAACCUGGUUCAGACUACAUCAAUGGAAAUUACAUCAAGGGGCUAGAUAGAAAGAUUUCUUACUUGGCUCUGCAAGGUCCUUUGCCAAGAACAGCUGUUGACGAUUUCUGGAAACUGAUAGCAUCUCAUAAAUGUCAGAUUGUGAUUAUGGUCUGCAGAGAAAUUGAGAUGGGAAAGCUAAAAUGUAAAAGGUAUUGGCCAGAAAACAAAGAUGAGAAGCUCAAUUUUGCUGGCUUGGAAAUUAUUGAGCUUUAUCAUUAGUGAGUUAUUGACUGAGUUUUUGUAUUCGAUCUUCUUUUCAUCCACAAAUCAGUUCUGUGAAAUUAAUAAUUACUAGUAGUUAGAAAUUAUUCACCAAAGUGGAGGUGAAUAAUGGUGGAUAUUCACUAAGCUGCAAAGUGGUGAG